AUGCCUAAUAGAUAUAACUUCAUAACUCCUGCAAAAGUAAGGGUUCUACUAGUUCCCAUCAACAAUUGUUCAUUACAAAAUUUCAAUAAGUUUGUAAAUCUAAUAACUUCAAAUAUAAUUGAUCUACGACUACUAGAUUUAUCUUCAAAUUCAGAUUUAAAAUGUUUUAAUCCUAUAACAUUUCCCGAGGGCAAAAUAUAUCCAGAAUUUAUAACUUCCUCAAUUGAUAAUGAAUCAUUAUAUUUACAUGAAUUUGAACCAUUUAGAAAAAAUUUCAUUAUAAUUGGAAUUGGUCAAUAUAAUCAAGAUUCAGACUCACAAUUAGAUAAUAUAAAUCAACUUAAAAGAAUAUAUAAUUCAUCAAUUGUUCAUAAUAUAAUUUUAUUUAAUACUCCAGAAGAACAACUUCCCAAUUCAAAAUCACCAGUUUUUUUACAUAAUGGAACAUCAACUCAUUUAACUGCAUUAGAAAAUAUAUUUGUUGAAAUCUUUAAUCAUUUCUUAAUAUCAUUAGACGAUUAUGCAUCCGCUUAUAGUAAUAUAACACUAAGAUCACCAGUUUCAAUUACUGAUAGUCAUGUACUCACAAAAACAAUAAAUCAAGCUCAAAAAAGAUUAAGUUCUGGUUCAACUUCUUAUAAAGCGAGUUUUAAUAACCAUAGUGAAUCUCAAGAAAAAUUAAUUGAAAAAUCAAAAUAUUCUGGUAGACAUUUAAAACUGAUUGGAAAUCUUUAUUUAUUAGCUGGUAAAUAUAAUGAAUCUAUUGCAAAUUUUACAGAUAGUUUAUCAAUACUUAAGAAGUAUGAUGAUUUUUUAUGGUUAGCUAGUGCAUUAGAAGGAUUAUCUGUUUCAUUAUAUUUAUCAUCAAAAAUUGAUUAUAAUCCUCAAUUGAAUUCAAAUAUUUCAUCCUUACUUCAUGUUACUAAAUCUUCAUUAUCAACAAUGGAAAAUUCAACUAAAAGAUCAUCUCUUGAUUCAAAUGGAUCAAAAGUUUCAAUACAAUCACCAAGAAAUUCAAUGACUAGUUCAACUACAACCAAUGGAUUUGCAUUACCUUUAACAUCAUCAAUAGAUAUAAAUUCAUUACCAUUACCUGAAUUAUUAAAAAUAUUCUUAACCAAAGCCAUAUAUUUUUAUAGUCAAAGUACAAAUGAUCCUGAAAAUAUGGUACCUGAUGUUGUUUAUAUUGAAUGUAUACUACGAAAAAUCAAUUUAAUGAUUGAUCAUACACCAGAAUCAUUUUCAACACAAGAUAUUAUAUGUGAUAUUGAUAAGAUUUUUUUUUUACAAUUAGUUGAUUUAAAUAUAAUUGAUCAAUGUAAUAUAUACAAUUAUAUCUCAUUAAUUUAUGAUAAAAUGAAAUUUUUUAGAAAAAAAGCAUUUAUAUUAAGAAUUAAUUUAGUUGCAUUAGUUAAAGAAUUUGAAAAAUUUAAAAAUUUAAAAUUAAUAAAUCAAUUAUUAGAAAAAUUAUUUUUAUUAUAUGGUAUAAAUUCAGAACCAGAAAAUAAUUCAAUAAAUCAAAAUCAAUUAACUUGGACAUCUUUACAAAUUCAAGUUUUAAAAUUAUCUUUAAAUUCCGCUGAAAAAAUUGGUGAUCAAAAUUUAUUACUUCAAUUAUGUUUAUUAUUAUUAUCUAAAUAUACUCAUUGUUUAUCACAAGAUGAUCAAAUUAAAUUAAGAACAAUGACUGAAAAAAUUGUUAAUAGUACUAAUUCAAAAUUACCAUAUUGGGAUCCUUUUCUAAUUAGAAAAGUGAAAUUUGUAUCAGCAAGAGCAAAAGAAGGAUUAAUUCCAUUAGUUGAAGAAGUUAAAACAAAACAAAAUCAACCAUUUUUUGAUCCAUAUAAUCAAAUUACCACUAAUGAAGAUAUGAAAUUAGAUCGAAUUUUAAUAAAAGAUGAAAUAAAUCAAUUAAAAAUUACAUUUCAAAAUCCAUUUUUAUUUCCUAUUGAAAUUAAUGAUAUAAAAAUUAAAAGUAAAGGAGUUGAAAUUGAAACUAUUAAAUCUAUAACUUAUGUUAAUCAAAAUUUAGAAAAUCAAAAUUAUAAUAAUAAAUUAAGAAAUAAAGUUAAGAGAAAUAUAACAACUACUAAUUUAAUGGCUCCUGUGCCCAGUAAUCCUUCAUUGUUUACUAUUCAACCUGCAUCAAAUGAACAAAUUAUUAUACCAUUUAAACCAUUAGGUACAGGAGAAUUAGAAAUUACUGGACUUGAAAUAGUAGUAAACUUCUGUGAACGACAGUUCUUCAAAAUAGUUGAUCAAGAAAAACAAAUCAAUUCCAUAAAUACCAAAAGAAUAGACUCAUCAUCACCAAUCAUCUCAGAACUUAUUAAAAAUUUACAAAAUGAAGGUACUGAUAAAUAUGUUACAUAUAGAACAUUACCAUUAACAGUUAUUCCACCACAACCUCAAUUAAAAUUAGUUGAAUUACUGAUUCCAAAUGGAUGGAUAAUGUUAUUAGAAGGUGAAAAAUAUCAAUUUGAAAUAAAAUUAAUAAAUGAUUCAAAUGAAAUUAUAGAUUAUUUAUCAUUUUCAUAUAUUGAUUCAUCAAUAGAAUAUAUAAAUAAAAAUUUACAACAACAACAAUAUUUAACAGCUUCUGAAAUUUAUGAGUUAGAAUGGAAUUUAUUUAAUUUUAAAAGUUUUAAAAUUUUAAAUAAAAAUGUUAUAAAUAAAAAUAUUCAACCAAAUGAAGAAAUAAUUAUAAAAUAUGAAUUAACAAGUAGGAAAUAUAUGAGAGAUCUGAAAAUUAUAUUAGAUUAUGGUCAUAAUGAAAUUGAAAAUUCUUUUAUAAAACAAUUAGAUAUACCUAUUCAUAUAUCUGUAAUGCCAAGUUUAGAAAUUGUUGGAUGUGAUAUUAUUUCAAGUUAUCCAAUUGAAAAUUUUGAAAUGGAAGAUAAAUCAAAAUAUUGUAUAUUGGUUCUUGAUUUAAGAAAUUCAUGGACUGAAAAAUUGAAAUGUGAUUUAAAAUAUAACAACUUCAAUAUUUCUGAUUCAAUUGAAUCAAAUAAAACCAAAAGAUAUUUUAUACCAAUACAUAAAAUCGAAUUAUCAAAUCCAACAAAAGAUAUACCAUCAUUACGUAAAAAACAAUUUAUAAGAGAUUAUAAUAUGACUGAUGAAGAGCAAAUUCAAAUGAAAAAGACAUUUUGGUUAAAACAAGAACUUUUAAAAAAUCUAAGUGGAAAUUGGUCAACUGAUACAAGAUCUGGAAUAAUUGAUUUAAGAUGUUUUAGAUUAACUUCAAAAAUGGUUAAUUUAUUAAUAUUAGAACCAAUUGAAAUAUCAACAAGAAUAAUUGAAACAAAUAAAGAUUUAUUAAUUGAUGAAUUUUAUACAUUAGAAACUAAAAUUAUAAAUAAUUCCAAUAAUGAAUUAAAAGGUUUUAUUCGUCAACUUCCUAUACAAAUUACAUCAAGUAAUAAUAACACCAAUAAUAAUUCAAAUAUAAAUAUAACUAAACAAUUAUCAAUUGAUAGAAAAAUUUUAUUUAAUGGAGUAUUACAAUAUAAAUUUAAAAUUCAACCAAAUUCAACUUAUAUAAAUAAAUUAAAUUUUGUUAUUAUUGAAAAAGGUGAAUAUGAAUGGGGUACAAUACUUGAUUCAAAUUAUUGUAUAAGUAGUACAUUAAAUAUAAUUGCAAAAUAA